GUAUUAUUUAUCUAUGUCGUGAUUGGAAGCGCGCCUGUCAGGCGAAGCGCAUGUUGCUGUGAUGGCUCUUUUUCACAAUUUUGUAAAUUCUUCAUUUUUAUGAUAACAACGUGUUCAGUGUCCUUUCUGGUGUAAAAUAAUUUUAAUUUGUAUUUAUGCGUUUACUUAAAAUGGCCAAUCAAUCUCAGAAAAUCGUUUACAAGCUGGUUCUUACUGGAGGACCCUGCGGCGGCAAAACAACGGGACAAUCACGUUUAAGUACCUUCUUCGAGAACCUAGGAUGGAAGGUGUUCCGGGUGCCGGAAACGGCUACCGUCCUUCUCAGCGGAGGCAUAAAGUUUGCAGACCUCAGUUCUGAAGAAGCUCUUCCUGGAAGUCCGCCAGUCGCUUCUGGUUUGAACUCGGUGACCCGGUUUGUGAAGCCCGGCAUAUGUGGCUUCGUUGAUGUAGACGACUAG